AUGCCUACCAGCCAACGAACGUCUGAAUUUGCCGGCUUUGACACACCAGCGGCGUCUGUGCCCAUGCUCGCUAUGCGAGCCGUUACGUCUUUUCAGACCGAAAGAUCAACCAGGAACCACCUCAAGAAGCAUGUCGUAUAUGAUAAUAUGAAUAAGGCUGUGCCUCACGAACUCGAGCUCUUCAAUCCACACUCAAUCUCAACUACUAGUACACUUUGUGUUUUAACUAUCCGAAACAAUGUCACCACGACCCUUCAUCAGAAUUUGACCUUCCAGUUUAACGACCUCGGCAAGGGGGUCACGAUCACGCUCGCCUGGAUGCCCAACCUGGACGGCCUCUGUGAGGACUUCUUUCCGAUAGUUUGGAAGGUCAGCAAAUUCAGGAAGUCGGGUGUCCAUACUGGACUACCGCAACAUACACGACCCAGUAAGAUGAUCGACAAGAUCAAUACUCUUGAAAGUCGCUUAUACUCCAGAGCCCAGGUUGAGAGUGGGAAGGUCAUCAGCGCUGCGACCUCCGUCAAUAUCAAUAAUAGCGAGAAAACAAUCUCGACAGAAGCCAACGAUGUCUAUCAUUUCUCUUAUAUAGUCAGGCUGCCAGAGCUGUAG